AUGCGCGCUCCCUUUGUCCCACCUCCUGGCCGGCCAGCUCAUUGGGAGGAGGGAGCGCGCUUCGGAGAGAACGCGCCGCAGCCGUGCGUAUGUGCUCCGGGUGGAAACUGGAGCCGGCGGCGGCGGCGUUCCGGGGGCGGAGAGGGAGGGGGAGGCGGGAAGGCUGCGCGCCGCCCGCUCCUCCCCACCCCCCGCCUCGGCCCUGAAGGGGCUGGAUGGGCGAGUUGGGCGCGAUGGCUCGAUCCUGGGCGGCGGCGGCGGCGGCGGCGGCGGCUGGAGGCGGUGGCGCGUCCUCCUCCUUGCCCCGGCGCCGGCGGUGAUCCGAGCGAGUGGCCGCGGCCCCCGAUGAGACUGCUCGCGGGCUGGCUGUGUCUGAGCCUGGCGUCCGUGUGGCUGGCGCGGAGGAUGUGGACCCUGCGGAGCCCGCUCACCCGCUCCCUGUACGUGAACAUGACGAGCGGCCCCGGCGGGCCGGCGGCGGCCGCCGCGGGCGGCAGGAAGGAGAACCACCAGUGGUAUGCGUGCAACAGAGAGAAAUUAUGCGAAUCACUCCAGGCUGUCUUUGUUCAGAGUUACCUUGAUCAAGGAACACAGAUCUUCUUAAACAACAGCAUUGAGAAAUCGGGCUGGCUGUUUAUCCAAUUAUAUCACUCUUUUGUGUCAUCUGUUUUUAGCCUGUUUAUGUCUAGAACAUCUAUCAAUGGGUUGCUGGGAAGAGGCUCAAUGUUUGUCUUUUCACCAGAUCAGUUUCAGAGACUGCUUAAAAUUAAUCCAGACUGGAAAACGCAUAGACUUCUUGAUUUAGGUGCUGGAGAUGGAGAAGUCACAAAAAUAAUGAGCCCUCAUUUUGAAGAAAUUUAUGCCACUGAGCUGUCUGAAACUAUGAUAUGGCAACUUCAGAAGAAGAAAUACAGAGUGCUUGGUAUAAAUGAAUGGCAGAAUACAGGGUUCCAGUAUGAUGUCAUCAGCUGCUUGAAUUUGCUGGACCGCUGUGAUCAGCCCCUGACUUUGUUAAAAGAUAUCAGAAGUGUCUUGGAGCCAACUAGAGGCAGGGUCAUCCUUGCUCUGGUCUUACCUUUUCAUCCCUAUGUGGAAAACGUAGGUGGCAAGUGGGAUAAACCAUCAGAAAUUUUGGAAAUCAAGGGACAGAAUUGGGAAGAACAAGUGAAUAGUCUGCCUGAAGUUUUCAGAAAAGCUGGUUUUGUUAUCGAAGCUUUCACUAGACUGCCAUACCUGUGUGAAGGUGACAUGUACAAUGACUACUACGUUCUGGAUGACGCUGUCUUUGUUCUCAAACCAGUAUAAACACAUGGAGGUUGAAGUCUUCCCAGUCCACCCCAGGAAUGUAUGCUCCGGAAGAGAGUCUGCGUUCUCAGUUACGUGAAGGGAGGACCUUUGGGGACUGCCAUUCUAAAUAUCAUGUAGGAAUUUUAAAAGCCAAAAUACUAAUUAUUUCUUUGUAGUGUGUAAAAGGAAUGUUUUUAAAAAACAAAAACCCAACUCUUUGAGGAUUUUUAUUAACUCUUUACUCAGUAAUGCAGGUCACACUCCGAUUAUGGAAGAUAUUUUUUAUACUUAAUUGCAGUAGGGACUCAUUCCCAGGCAAAGCAAUAGUCAUGACUUCACAUGGAACCCAUAAAUGUGGAUUGUUUUUAAUAAAAUGAAGACUGGCAAUAAAGCUGUCCAUCCAGUUGCAAAUAUUGGUUAUAGGAUAUAGCCACUGAUACUCUUUCAUGUUUAGAAAUUCUAUCAUUAUUCAAGAAAAUGUUUUUAAUCAUGCUAAUAAACUUUUUUGGAGAUGA